UCGUCGUCGUCGUCGUCGUCCUCGUCGUCGUCGUCGUCCUCGGCGGCGGCGGCGGCGGCGGCCUCGUCGGCCGGAGCCCUGGAGUCGUCGCUGGACCGCAGGUUCCAGUCGGUGACCAACACCAUGGAGUCCAUCCAGGGCCUGUCGUCGUGGUGCAUCGAGAACAAGAAGCACCACGGCACCAUCGUCUACCACUGGAUGAAGUGGCUGCGCCGCUCCGCCUUCCCCCACCGGCUGAACCUCUUCUACCUGGCCAACGACGUCAUCCAGAACUGCAAGAGGAAAAACGCCAUCGUCUUCCGGGAGGCGUUCGCCGAGGUGCUCCCCGAAGCGGCCGCCCUGGUCAAGGACCCGUCUGUCUCCAAGUCCGUAGAGCGGAUCUUCAAGAUCUGGGAGGAGAGGAACGUCUACCCGGAAGACACGAUCGUGGCGCUGAAGGACGCUCUCAGUUCCACUUUCAAAACCCAGAAGCAGCUGAAGGACAGCCUGAACAAGCCACCGAACAAACCGUGGAAGAAAACGCCAGCCUCCGCGAACCCGAAGGCCGCCCUGAAGUCGAAGAUCGUCGCCGAAUUCAGAUCGCAGGCCCUGAUAGACGAGCUGCUGCUGUCCAAGCGCUCCGAGGACCAGAUGGAGCUCAAGGAGAAGCAGCUGGCCACCAUGAGAGUGGACGUGUGCAGCACCGAGACCCUCAAGUGUCUGAAAGAUAAGACGGGCGGCAAGAAGUUCUCUAAGGAGUUCGAGGAGGCCAGUUCGAAGCUGGAGGAGUUCGUCAACGGGCUGGACAAGCAGGUGAAGAACGGGCCCUCGCUGACGGAGGCGCUGGAGAACGCCGGCGUCUUCUACGAGGCUCAGUACAAGGAGGUCAAGGUGGUGGCCAACGCCUAUAAGACGUUCGCCAACCGCGUGAACAACCUGAAGAAGAAGCUGGACCAGCUGAAGUCGACCCUCCCGGACCCCGAGGAGUCGCCGGUGCCGCCCAGCGUGACGCGCCCUCGGCCCACGGGCUCCGAGUCCCCGUUCCAGGGCAUGGGGGGAGAGGCUUCGCCCUCGCCGGCCGCCGAGAGCGAGAGGGUCGGGCUCGCGGCCCCCGCCACGGACAACCGCGACGUGGAGGACAUGGAGCUGUCCGACGUGGAGGACGACACGGCCAAGAUCAUCGUGGAGGACCGGAAGGAGAAGCCGGCGGCGGAGAAAGCCGGCGGGCCCGCGCCCGCCCCCGCGCCCGCCAAGCCGGCCGACUGCCCCAAGCCGGCGCCCGGCCCCCCGGCCCCCACCCCGGCGGCCUCGUCGCCGACCCCGCCGCCCCCGAAGCCGGCCGCCCCGGCGCCUCUGCCGCCGUCCCCCGCCCUGGCCCUGCCCAACCUGGCCAACGUGGACCUGGCCAAGAUCAGCUCCAUCCUCAGCAGCCUCACGUCCGUCAUGAAGAACACGGGGUCAGUCCCGCGUCGAGGACCGUCCCCGGCCACCCCCACGAGCCCCUCGGCCCUGCCCGGCGGCCGAAGGCGGCCGGCCCCGGCCCCCGCGGCCCCCCCGAACCCGCUGGCCAACAUCCUCUCCAAGGUGGACAUCACCCCGGAGAGCAUCCUGUCCGCCCUGUCCAAGACCCAGGCGCAGGCCGCCCCGGGGCUGCAAGGUCUGUCGUCCCUGCUGCAGAGCGUGACGGGGGCCCCGGCCGCCGGCGAGGCGGGGGCCCAGGGCGGCUCGGCGGGCUCCCCGGCGUCCGGCCCAAGGGGCGGCCCGCGGCCCCCUGCGCGCCGGCCUUCGGCGCCAAGGGCUUCGGCUACUCGCCCGACCCCUCGGCCCCCGAGGCGGCGGGGCCGGCCGCCCCGGCCGGGGGCAAGGCCGCGGCGGCGGCCCCCCCCUUCAAGCCGCCCGCCGACUCCCCGGGCUUCGCCGCGCGCCGGCCGGGGCCCCCCGGGCCGCCCGCCCGAGGCCCCCAAGGGCGAGGCGGAGGCGGAGCCCGCCUCGCCCAGCCUGGAGAUGAAGAUCCACAACUUCCUGAAGGGCAACCCGGGCUUCAGCGGGCUGAACCUCAACAUCCCCAGCCUGGGGGGCCUGGGUCGGGCCGGGGCCGGGCCCGGCCCCCGGGGCCCCGGCCGACGGCCACCCCGCACUCCCGCGCGGGCCGGCCCGGACAACGUGGACGGCACCCCCGUGCGGGACGAGCGGGGCGGGACGCCCACCCAGGACGAGAUGAUGGACAAGCCCGCGGCGGGGGCGGCGGGGCGGGCGGUGGACCCCGCGGCCCUGCUGUCGAAGAUCAUCAGCCCGGGGCUCGUCGAGCCCAGCAGCACCCGCUCCCCGGGCGGACCCCCGGCUACGGCCCCCGGAGCCCCCGGCCUCCGGCCCGGGCUCCCCGCGGGACGACUUCUACCCGACGCCCCGUUCCGCGAGGACGAGGACUACCGGACUUCGAGUACCCGCGGCCCCCGCCGGCCGCCGGGCCGGAGAAGGCGGCGGCCCCGGCCCGCCCCGGACGGGGGCGCGCCGGCCGACGGCCCCCCCGGCUACCCGGCCCAUCCCCGCCCAGCUACGGCCGCCCCGGGCCGGGGGUUCGGGCCGAAGACGCCCUUCCCGCCGGCCGUGCUGGCCCUGCUGGAGCCGGCCGAGGGCCGCGAGCCCGCCGCCUCGCCCGGCCUCUACGCCGCCUACGGCCCCGACCGGUCCCCGCCGCCCGGCGAGGCGGACCCCUUCUUCGGCGGCGGCCCCGGCCCCCGAAGGGCUACCCGGACUCCCCGCGCGCGGGCCGGCCCGCCGCGGCCGCUCGGCCGCCGCGGCCCGCCGAGAGGGUCCUGGGCGUCCGCCCUGUCGGCCACGUCGACGAUGGAGUUCAAGAACAUGCUGAAGAACGCCUCGCGCAAGCCCUCGGACGACGGCAAGCACUUCGGGGCGGCCGGCCGGGACGGGGGCGGGGGGCCCGGCCCCGCCGAAGCCCCGGGGGGCCCGGCGCCGGCCGAGGAGCGCUACCGCAUCGAAACGCGGGUUCUCCUCGGCGGCCCCGGCGGCCCCUGCGGACCGCCCGACGGGGCCCGGGAGAAGGGGGCGCCCAUCGAGACCCUGGGCUACCGCAACGCGGCCAGCCGCCGGAUGUCGGGGGGCGAGCCCAUCCAGACGGUGGAGUCCAUCCGCGUGCUGGGCAAGGGGGCCCGCGGCCCGGGCCGACGGGCCCGCGGGAGCGGCUGGUUCGAGCUGAGCGGGCCGGCGGCGCCUUCGACGACGGGCCCCCGGCUGCCGCCGCCGGAGCCCCCGGCCCUGGGCGGCGGGGGCGGGUUCAAGGCGCCGCCCUACAAGGAGCGGGGGCCGCCCCCCUUCGCCGACGGCGUUCAACAGCUUCCGCGCCAACAGCUUCGCCGCCGCCUUCGACCGCCACCUGCCGCCGCCCCCCUGGCGGAGCCCCCCAAGGAGCACGGGGGGCUCUUCGCCCGCGACCGCCCGGCCCCCGCCGAGGCCCCGGCCACGGGGCCCCGCCGCCGCCCCGCCCGGGCCGAGCGCGGGCCCGCCGCGCGGGCCCGCCGGCGGGGUGCCCUUCCCCGGCCCGCCCCCGCCGCCCCCGGGGACCGCGGCGGGGUCGGGGUCCCCUUCCCCGCCCCGCCCCUGGGCGACCUGGCGGGGGCCGGGGCCGCGGGCCUCGCGCUCUUCUCCAAGGAGCACGCCGCCCUCCUGCCCGGGGCCCCGAAGGAGCGCUUCGGGGUGCUGCCCGCCCCGCCCCGGGACCUCGGGGCCCCCGGCCCGCGCGACCUCAACGGGCCCGCCCUCGGCCGCGCCCGCGACGGCCUGGGCCUCCCCGCCCACCCGCGGGCCGCUGGCCCGGCGCGCGGGGCGGGGGGCGGGGGCCGGGGCCGCGGCGGGAGCCCCGCCCCGCACAGGGACGCCCGUCGGCGGGGGCGGGGCGGCGGGCCGGUCCUGAGGAGCCGCGCCCGGACUUCAGGCCCAGGGGACCCUUUCCUCAGCCGGGACCCCUUCCACAGCCUCAAGCGGCCCCGGCCGCCCUUCGCCCGCGCCCCGCCCCCUUUCUUCGCGCCCAAGCGCCCCUUCUUCCCGCCCAGGUACUGAGCGGCCCGCCGGGGGCUCCCCCUCCCUCCCUCCCUCCCCGCCCCCGGCCCCCGGCCCCGACGGCGCGAGACCGGCCGCCGAGCCUCCAGCGGAGCUUCCGGCCCCCCCCGCCUCGCCCCCUCUCGCCGGCCCCCCUCCGCCCUCUCCCUUUUCCGUCGUUCCGCGACGGGCCUCGGAGUCCCC